AUGGCUCUGUUUGAUGGCCCUGUUCUGGAUAAUGUAGAUAUGGCAACGAGGUUGUCUUCAGUUGUCCUCAGUUGGAAAUCCAGGAGCAGCAAAGAGUUAGUAGCUCAAAAGGAUUUGGAUUACACACAACACAAACACUCCAGUCUCUAUUAUGUGUUAAAUUAUGUGUUGAAGGCAACAACGAUUGCCGCUUUUGCGAGAAUGACAGUUGAAGAUUCAAAAAAGUUGCUUUUACCAGAAUUCUACCCUUCUUGGGUUAUUUUCUCACAGAGACAGAAGUUGAGUGAUACUUUUCUACCCUACAUUCUUCCUACUUUUGUACUUUCUCUCCACUUUCUUUCUAUCUUCUUCAGGGACUGA